GCUACGCUCAUUAGUCUUCAUGAGAUAUCAACCUAUAAAGCAUCCGUGUCAAUAGUUGGCAUCGAACUUUGCUUUAUUCUCCAGAGCUCUUUAAUGUGGAGCCUUAAAUGGUCAUUGUCUUUCUUCACAAAGACAUUUCACCGCAUGGAAUUCUACAGCUAAACAGCGCAGGUAGACCUUAACAGCAACUCCAGGAACCAGAAACUCCAGUUCCUCGCAUGAGUAUAUGUUUACUAUCUACUGGAAAGGUACUGAGAGAGCGAGGUGAGCAGUAUCUCUCAAGGUGCUCCACAGGUAAGAAUAACAAUAUUGUGUUUUGUUUUGUUUUUACUGUUAGAGCCAGCGUAUAUAGUGAGUCAUGUGUUAAAAUGAUGUCUUUCCUACCGUACUGCUUUGUGAUGUGAUACAAAAUUGAAUAUGCGUCCACUUGCCAACACAUGUUUGAUUCCGUCUUCGAAAAGUGAGUGCUGAAUUGUGUAAAAGUUAACAAAGGCCUGAGAUACUUAGACUUUGUUUUUGUUUUCAAUAACGGCAGAUUUACCUUUACUGGAAAAUAUCUAUCAAAAAUAAGAAUGAACAUAAACCUUAACGUUGCCUCUGUUUCCUGGGUAGAGCUCUGUUCAUUCUCUGAUUCGAGGUGACAGAGACCGAUACAUUCCUGUGUUGUUUUUGUUUAGGUGUGGUGUCACAAUGCAUAAGGGCCAGAAGAGCGCCGGUACAGGCGGAAAUGCGGUGUUCUACAAACCAAUCGGAGGUACGACGGAAAUAAGAUCUGGAUACCUGUUCAAGUCUCCUCCCCAAAAACGGUUGAAGACAGAGAAAUCAUGGAAGAAGCGGUAUUUUGUGCUGUUCAAAGUCAGCGAGCAACAGUACCUACUGAAGUAUUUCAGGAGUCCAGAGGACAAGGACAGGCCCCUUGGAGGGAUUGAAUUAUCACACAUCUCACUGCUGUAUGUGAGCCCUGAAAACCACCAGAGAUGGAGUUGGGUCCAGAAGAACCUCAAGUGCUCUCCAUCCUGUGUGCUCUACAUCAGGGCAGCUGAGCGGGACUACUUCCUCGUUGGUGAGAACAGUGAGGAAGUGGACGGCUGGUUCUCCGACCUGUUUGAAGCCCUGAAAAACCGGCCACAUAAAUGUAUGAGUUCAGAGGAAAUAUCUAAUGAGCAGCCAACAAUUGAGGCAGAGUUGAAACUUCGGUCGCUGUCUGAUCCGUCCUCAAAUGCUUUCAAUACCGACUCUGAAAAAUCAGAGCAGGGUGAAGAUUAUGCCAAAAGGCCUUUAUCAGAGCCUGUGAAUCCAAUCUAUGACUAUCCGAGAGCCUACUUAACACAAGAGAAAAAGAUCUCAACCCGUCGCAGGAGCUUGGACAUGGUAUAUGAAUCAAUGGUCGAAAUUAGACAGAACGUACGAGUGGCACAGGCAGCGGACCUUGACGUUGAGAAGGUUACCACAGGCAGCCUGAUGAGGUCUGUCACUGAAGUCUUUGACAAGCUGAGGAUACAGCUUUCCCCAGGGCCUUCAUUCGACGAGGAGACAGCAGCUGAGGACAGAGGCGGAAGGCAUCUGACGUCAGACAGCAGCUCCAGUGACAACGAUGCCAUCUCUCCUGUAGAAAUGCUGGAGGGACAAAAUGUGCAGACACUGGAUAAAUAUAGCUCCACUGAAAGCCUUGACACCUUCACCAUCGGGGAGAGAGACCUUCUUGUCCGGCAGGCAGAUUUGAUAAAAUACCUUACACUAACAGAAGUGGAUGGGAAACCAUGUGUGUCUGUGUGGACAGGCCAGCCACAGACGGUGUGCCUGUUUCACAAAGGAGACCAAAUUCUGGCAGUUAAUGACCUGCACACCGGCAGCGUGGAGGAGUUCAACAUGUACAUGAGCAAGUGUCUCAAAAAUGAGGUGAAAGUGACCAUCCUGCGUCUACCUGGAGGCCAGCCUCUGCAUUCACCAAACUGCCCCUGCAGUGACUGACCGUUAGAUUUGAGACGGUUAUUUUCACUACGUGUUGGUUUGCACCGUGUAUUGACCACUUUAGAUAACUGACAGUAUUUUUCCAGGGCUGUGGGCAGUUCCUAUAGAUCAGUUGAUCUACUAGUUUACUCGAUAUAAACGUUUAGAGAAGCUUAAAGUGAUUAUUUGAUGACUGUAAAAUCUCAUUCACCAUGACUCGCAUUCUAUGUAAAAACGAUUCGAUCGGUGUGUAAUCAAUGAUGUGCAGUUUCCACAGAGCGUGGUUUAUGAUGUCAUUCAUUGUGUAUUGUAUUUACAGCUGGUAAGCUGUUUGUAAAAGGAAACAAAAGGCAGAGGUUUUACUGGAACAUAUUUCCUCAUACUGCCUGUAUGACGCUAAAGAAAGACAUUGUCACGAUACAAGCUCCUGAGCUCGAGCGAUCAAAUGUUGACAGUACAAGGCGUGUCGUGCAAAAAUUGUGAAAUUUGCACAGUUACUGUAUAUAGACUUCUGUAAGAAUGCUGUUUUUUAAUAAUUAUCUUCCAAUCUAAGAUGACUAGAAGCUACGGCGCUCAAGUGAAGAUCAUGAGGAUGAUGUUCUGAAUCAAUAUGCAUGAUCCUAAAGAAGUAAUUAAAUAAUAAUUUGGAAAGAUCCAUUGUUGCUACAAAUAUUCGUGUCGUACGACUGACUGUACACUUGAGCAAGAACUGUUUGCGUUGCAUGCCUAUGUCAUCACCCAGCAAUGCUGAAUCAUUUCCAGUUUGCCCAGUGGUGUGACAUGUGAAUGAAAUGUCUUUCUAAGCCAUGCCAGUCUAAUGACGCCUACUUGAGGACACAAGUAGAAGGAUACAUUGUAUGUUAAAAUGCCUUUCUUGUAUACAUGUUGUGGUUAUAGAAAAAAAAAAAAAGGGCUUACGUCCUUUCCUGACCCUUUCCCAAUUUAUCUCGAGAAUGCUUAGAAAGUAAUUAGGGGAGGAGGAAUAACAAACCAAUUAAGGAAGAGAUCAGUAUUUCAUAUUGUCCACACCUCGGGAGUGUCUUGUGAAUUAAUAUGCAGACAGAAUGGGGAUGAGCCUCAGGCUGUUCCUCACCUAUUUCUUUCCGAUAAGAAGCAGAAAUGGUGACUACGACAGCUGAGGGCAGUUUGCUGUUAUGUCAUUUAUGUUGGAAAUAUGUUUUUCUCCUUUUUUAAAUUACAUCUGGUGACCAAUGCCACUCCCGGACAAAGACAACAUCAAAGGGUUUUAUAUUUAAAGUGCAAAAUGAUGUCCACAGAAGACAAGGAAAAAUCUAGCCUCUAAAACCCUUAACAUCAAACGAUCUGACAUUGUUAAUAUUCCCAUGACAUCGUCUCAGCCUUUCCAAGAUUAAUGUUUCAAGUUUAAAUGGAGCUAUUCAACAGAUACGAGUUCUGACAAAGAAAUGAUUUGAUUUAUGAAAUGAUUUAUUUCUGAGGGCUAUUCUUCAACUGUGAUGCUCAAACUGUAUGCUGAAUUAAAAAAUACACUCUUUGUAAGUGUGCAGCAAUUGCAGGUUGUACUGUGACACUGAGUCUUGUGUUUUAUUUGUAAAAUUAUACAUUUUACCAGAUUGUUCAAACACUGACCAUUUGAUUUUCUUUAAAAGCCUUUUCUUAGACUGAGACUGCAGCAAAAUUUCAGAAUUCACCGGAAUUGUUACUAAAACUAUGCAACAUCAUUCGAAUAUUUCCAGUUCCUUUACUUCCAAAAUCCAUACAAUUAAGUUUAAGCUUCUUAUAUGAGCCACACAUUUCAUUUUCAUUAUGUAGCUUCAUGUUGGCAUUUCAAGUGUCCUCUUACUGCUAAAGACAUUCUUGUAUGUUUGACCAGUUUCAAAAAAACUAAGGAAAAAUCAGUUCAUUAUUGUAUUUGCUGAAGCACAAAGUGAGAACUACAUUUCUUGGCAGGGCACAGUGACUUACUGUGAAUAUUGAUUAAGGCUGGUGAUAUCUAUUUUCUACUGUCUAAGGUCUAUUUGGCCUUUCUGGGCAUUGACCACUGCUUGAAUUAACAGUUGGACGAAAAACUCAUUACUUGUGUUUCUUAGUUUCCAGAACUGUGCACUAACACAUUGGCCUCAUAUCAUAAAAGAUAUUAUCUUGGCAAAAUAUCCGCAUGCAAAUGCAGCUGCUUGGUUUGUAGCAAAAAGUCUCAUAAACGUUAUCAUAGUUACUGGCAGCAACAUUAGCAUUGUAGCUAAGGUGGCAUAGAGGCACAGAGGAUUAAGAUAAAGGCCUGUCAGACUUUGGCUACAUAGUCUGACAGGCCUACAGGCAAUACUGGUGAAAAGCAAUUCAUUGCUGGUUUGUGUCUUUUCAUAUGAUUUGCUGAGAAAAAACA